AUGUUGCUAUCGUCUGCUCUGCCUUUGCUGCUCUGUGUUCUCGGUUUUUUGUGCACCACCGCGACUGUACGCAGUUCCAACCCGAUAUGUUCGAGCCCCGAAUUAGCAUAUGUCCGGGACUAUUUUACGGCCGGGGGGUCCUAUACGGACGAUGGCACCGGUCAAGGAACACAUGCUUUUCAAGGCCAGAUGUAUGUCGAGUGCCUCAUCCCUUUGAGAGGUGUGAGUCAUUCGUAUCCUCUGGUCCUCAUUCAUGGAACAGGACAGACGGGGACAGACUUUCUUAACACACCUGACGGGAGAAGAGGAUGGGCAUCGUGGCUCAUUGAUCAGGGCUACGAGGUGUAUAUUAUUGAUCAGGUUGCUCGUGCGAGGAGUAUGUGGUUGCCUACAAAUGGAACCAUGGCCGUUAUCUCCGCAGAGGACAUCGAACAACGGUUUACUGCCGCACAGGGUUUCAACUUGUGGCCCCAGGCUGCAUUACAUACCCAAUGGCCCGGUACAGGGAGGAUGGGCGAUCCAAUAUUUGACGCUUUCUAUGCGUCUAAUGUACAAUAUCUGAGCGACAACACACUGGAAGAGAUCGGCAUGAAAGCAGCCGGCGUUGCACUGCUCGACAUCAUUGGACCCUCGAUCCUCAUCGCUCACUCUCAAGGGGGCCUGUUCCCUUGGCUUUGGGCCGACGCGCGCCCUGAACUGGUCAAAGGAAUUCUUGCUAUCGAACCCUCCGACCCGCCUUCCCAAGAUGAGGUUGUCGACAACCUGACUGCCCGCGCCUAUGGCCUGACGGAUAUCCCACUUACUUAUGACCCCCCAGUGACGAACGCAACCACGCCUCUGGCCACUGAAGUUCAUCCGUCGUCGAAUCCGAAUCGGUCGUCGUGUAUUCUCCAAGCAGAGCCUGCCCGCCAGCUCGUGAACUUGAAGCAUAUUCCGAUCUUGGUCGACACGGGCGAGUCGGGCUAUCAUGCAUUGUAUGACCAUUGUACUGUCGAGUUUUUGAGGCAGGCGGGGGUACUGGCGGAGCAUCUGAGGCUCGAGGAUGUUGGGAUACAUGGGAACGGGCAUUUUCAGUUCAUGGAGAGGAAUAGCUUGGAGAUCGUUGCGUAUUUGGAGGAAAAUUGGAUUGGGAAAAUUCAUUGAUUGAUACGGUUGUGCUUCCUUUCCUGUCCGUACCGAAUACGCUUUUU